CACCAAUGAAAAGCUCUCCUGGCACAACUGAUGGUCGAAAGGACCAAUCCCGCUCUUCCAGGGCAGGCGCGCUGGUGGAGGCGCCAGGAGGGCGCGCAGUAGCGGCGCCUCUGAUUCAAGGACUCGAGGAGAGUGCUUUACGUGAAGAGCACAAACUGUGGGUUGUUUAAACCCAUGAAUUACUGAAAGGUUGUCAGGGGCUCGUCCAAUCGGAAAGCAGACGGAAGCCACUUGUCUUCUUGGUAUUUGAAAAGCGGUAGCCAAUGAGGCGGACUUUGAGAGAUGUGAUAACUUCGUCAACCAAUAAGGAUUGCUGUCUCGCCUUAGGCGAACCAUCCUAGCUCCGUCUCCGCCCUGUUUUGUGCAUACAGCGUAAUAACUCCUCCUAUUUUACUAAAACCGAAAAGCUGAGUAGUGCUCAAGGUCUCACGCCGAUACGGAACAAAAGUCACCGGCUCCCCGAGGCACCACCCCCGAGGGCAAGCUAGUCCUCAGCCCAUUGGCCAGUCCUCAUGAUAGACGUCCUCUAGACCAAUGGCCUUCUGGUCAGGAGGGCGCGUUUCCCACAACUGGCCUAUCAGAGUCUGCUUCGGCCCAGCCAAUAGGGUCAAGGCAGGGGCGUGGCGGGAAGUUUGAAACUCCGGGCUUGGGGAGUUGUUGUCGGAGCUGGUGGUGUUCUCGCAGAGGUCGACCUGGGGCCCCCGUAAGUGAUGCGAAUAAAUUAGUGGGCACAGCCGAGGCUCCCGCAGACCUGAAUGCGCCGCUAGAAAGUUCCGCUCCUUAUCCCCCUCCGAGGUCUCUGGGCCACAGAGCCUGAGGUUCCUCUGCUGGAAACUGGGAGGAUCGGGUGGGUCCGGGGUCAGAGGUCCGACACGGUGGCGGUAAGCUCUGAGACCGGAGUCGCUUCUGACGGGCGUCUCUUCCUCUGCAUCUGCACAGCCGGGCCCCGUCGCCUAGUGGAGAUGGGUUCUACUCAGAGCAUCUCAGGUACCCCAGCGCGGCCUCUGCCACACAACAAGCAUCUGGCACGGGUAGCGGACCCUCGUUCACCCAGUGCUGGUAUCCAACGCACUCCUAUUCAGGUGGAGAGCUCUCCACAGCCAAGCCUACCAACAGAACAGCUGAACAGUCCGAAACAAGCGCAAGACCCAGACCCCCGCUCUCCUACUCUUGGUAUUGCUCGGACGCCCAUGAAGAUAAGUGGUACAGACCCUCAGAGUCCACUGGUGAAAGAGCUGAGUGAAGUUUUUGAGACUGAAGCCUCCAAAUCCAUUUCCCCGCCAGAGCUUGAUCUGCCCCAGCCAACACCUUUAUCUUCUCAACUGGACUUGGCUUUGGAUACUCAGUUAUCCCUUGAGGACCAGUUGCUGCCUUGGAGCCAGACUGAACUCCCCUCCAAACAGGGGUUUACCAAGGAGGAAGCUAAACAAUCCACAGAAACCAUAAUUGCCAGCCAGAACUUGGAGAAGGCCUCAAGAGAUCCUGAGACUCCCCAGUCUUCAGGUUCUAAGCGCACUAGACGGAAAGCAAACAGCAAGGUGCUUGGGAGAUCUCCUCUCACUGUCCUGCAGGAUGACAACUCCCCUGGGACUCUGACAUUACGGCAGGGUAAGCGGCCUUCUCCUCUAAGUGAAAAUGUUAAGGACCUAAAGGAAGGAGUCGUUCUUGGAACUGGAAGAUUUCUGAAAACUGGAGGAGGAGGAGGAGGAGGAGCAUGGGAGCAAAGCCAGGACCAUGACAAGGAAAAUCAGCAUUUUGCUUUGAUGGAGAGCUAGGUCCAUGCUGGGUUCACCCAGAUCCUGGUGACAGUCUGUGUUCUUCGCCCCUUCCCCAAGGGCACUGAGGAAAGUCUUGUUUUCUGGCUCCUCCCAGGCUACCACCUCUGGGACUUGGACAUUUUUGGUUUUGUUUUGUGUGUUUCUUGUAUAGUAAAGGAGAUGAUUUUAAAUAAUGCUUUAGGAGGUUA